CAUUUUCAUCGAAUUCUAUUUUUGAGAUAACCUUCAAGUGAUUUAGUCAAAUGAAUUGAUAACAAGCAAGUGCCAGUUCCAUUAACUACUUUGCUGUGUAUUCUUUAUUGAAAGAAUAUAUUCAUAUCAGUGAAUAUGAAUUCCUUAAACAAGAUUUUAGUUUUGAGUUCUGCAGCACCCAAAAAUGCAAGAUUGAUCUCCACUACAAAAACAAGACUAAAUGCUGACGAUGGAUGGCUUUCAAAAUUGUUGGUUCGCAAAAUAGAACCGACAAAGGAAUCUCACAGCCGAAUGCUUAGCGACAAGGAGAUUGUGUAUGCACUGCAUACUCACAACAUUCGGCCGGAUUCCGUGGACAAAUACUUACAAAAUUAUAAACAAUCAGUGGAAUUUGUUGAAUCCCGGAAAUCAGAGCUGGGAUGUGAACUUGUCGGAUCGUGGACUGUGUCAGUGGGGGACAUGGAUCAAGCAUUGCAUUUGUGGCGCUAUGUUGGAGGAUUUGAAAAAAUUGACAAGGCCAAGAUAUUGUUCAGGGAGAACAAUGACUACCGUUCCUUGGAAAAAGAAAGGGGAAACUUUGUAAGAUCACGUCACUUGCAAUAUCUUCUGGCUUUCAGCUUCUGGCCUAACGGUGACCCUCGUCCUGGAAAAAAUAUAUACGAGAUCCGAUCUUAUAGUCUAAAGCCGGGCACCAUGAUCGAAUGGGGCAACAACUGGGCUCGCGGCCUCACUUAUCGCCGCGGAAGAAACGAGGCCUUCGCUGGAUAUUUCUCCCAGAUCGGAAGACUCUACAAUGUUCACCACAUCUGGUGCUACAAGGAUCUCCAAGCUCGUCGUGAGACUCGUGAGAGUACUUGGCGUAACCCCGGCUGGGACGAGUGCGUCGCCUACACCGUGCCGCUCAUCAGGGAGAUGCACUGCCGUAUCCUAGAGCCGACCGAGUUCUCGCCCACUCAGUAACUCGCUCAUCCAUGUUUUAACGGUACUAUAUACUUCAGCAUUGUGUAAACUAUAUUAGCGUUUACGCUUUUACGAGACUUAAUCGUUGUAAAUAUAACCAUAUUUAUCGACAUUUUGCUAUCCACUUGUAAUAGAUGGCAGCGUGGCAUUUUACUUCAAGUAGCUUUAUGAAAUCAUAAUACAGAAUUAUGUUAACCUGUCAA